UCGACCCCAACUCUUUCUUUAGUCAAUCCAACCGAUCAGUCCCUUGGAACCCUCAACCAGCGACUGCUGCCCACCAUGCGUUCAGCCAGCAACUCCCUGGUGGGACUCGUUCUUAUCCUGCUGUCUGCACCAAUGCUGGUGUAUUCAGCCCUCACGAUCACCAUUCCCUCAUCCAGUCUGCUCCCCAAUCCCCACGCUCUCCCCGCUGGAACUCAUGCGACGUUGUCCACGCUUCCCUCCUCGCCCUCCUCGCCCUCGCAGCUGACUGCAUCCCUCACUCGCUCCGCGACAUUCGUCUUCGCCAAUAUCCCUGCCCAAUCGAAGCCCCAAUCCUACCUGCUCGACAUCCGCUCCCCGGAUUUCAUCUUCGCCCCGUACCGCGUAGAUAUAGCCGCUGAUGGAACCGUUCUCGGGAUCUGGGAGACAUUCCGCGCGAACCCUUGGGACAACCGAGGCUCAGAGAAGUACAUCCUAGAUGCCACUACUGCUGUUGGGCAAGAUGGAGCUGUCUCUGCCGCAACCACGCCCGAUGUGACUGUCGAGGCCCGAGUCCUUGCCCGGAGAAAUUUCUACGAGGAACGCCCCCGGUUCUCGCCCUUGGCGCUGUUCAAGAAUCCUAUGAUCCUACUAGCUUUGGUUGCUCUGGGCUUUACAUUCGGCAUGCCGAAGUUGAUGGAAAACAUGGACCCCGAGAUGCGUGCCGAAUUCGAGAAACAAUCUCGCUCCUCCCCGAUUACGGGCGCCACACGCAGCGCCAUGGCCGGCGGCGGAGCGCCCGGCAAUUUCGACUUGGCGGGGUGGAUGGCUGGAGCCACUCCCAGGCCCGCCCCUGGUGCUGACGGAGUUACUGCGUCGGGCAGAGGUAGUGGGAGUGCUUCUCGGAGGAGAGCAUAGGUAUGCAGGCCCUGCGGCAUCAGAAUGACGAUGCAGCGCGGGAAAAUGGAUGCUGACCGACCUUCAUUCUGGAGGUAGAGAGCGUAUAACAUUAGAGCUAGCUUACUCAAGUAAACCUUGUCUGUUUACAGAUCCCCCUUCACCUCGCUCUACCUUAACGAUGGCAUGGGCCAGCUACGCUUCACGAACCAUUUUGCCUUGCGCCCGGGAAAAAAGCUCAUAUAGAAGUAAGUAUAUUUCAUCUGAGGCUUAGUUAUAGCGUUUGAAUUUGAUCCAAAAUAAGAACAUGAAUCAAGUCCGGCUAUAUCGUUAUUGAGGAAAAACCUCACCGUCAGGAAGAUAACGAUAUAGCUUCAAAAAAAUACCACGGAACUCGCCUAAACGAGCAGACAGUUUGGGUUACUCAUUUAGGCUAGGAAUGUGGAUCGGAAACGUUGAUUGCCCACAUGGCACAUCGAAUUUGUUGUAUGC